AUGGAAAUGGAUAUACGGAGGCUACCUGAGUCAACCGAGACGGGGAAAGACGAGGUAGACAUGGUACAGAAAGGGCAAUUGGAAGCAGCGGAAGGAAUGGACGUCGAAGAAGAAGCCCAAAGUGGAAAGAGGAGUAGGUUGAGAAUGGUGGCUAUCAUCACUGCGCUUUUUCUCUCCCUCUUCGUCUCAGCCCUCGACGCAACAAUCGUCUCUACAGCUCUUCCCACUAUAUCCCGCGACCUCAACAGCGCCACGGGCUACACCUGGAUCGGCGGCGCCUACCUGCUUGCCAACGCCGCUUCAGGCCCCAUCUGGGCCAAGUUGUCUGACAUCUGGGGCCGCAAGCCCAUCAUGUUGGCUGCACUUGCCAUUUUCUUUGCCAGCUCGGCGGUUUGUGCGACGGCGAAGACGAUGCAGGAAUUGAUCAUCGGGCGUGCGUUCCAGGGUACGGCGGGUGGCGGGUUGAUUCUGUUGGUGCAUGUUUGCAUUAGUGAUUUGUUUAGCUUGAGGCAGCGGAGUUUGUUGAUGGGCUUCACCGAAGGCAUCUGGGCGCUGGCUGGUGGUAUCGGACCGGUCUUGGGCGGUAUCUUUGCUAGUCUGGUCACUUGGAGAUGGUGCUUCCUAUUCUUGGACAUUAAGCACGAACAUACCUCUUUCAUCGAUGGUAUCAGGGCCGUGGACUGGUUCGGCAUGUUCACCUUCCUUGGCUUCACGCUCAUGAUCCUUUUGGGUCUCGAUUUCGGCGGCGUGCUCUUCCCCUGGGACUCCGCGAAAGUCAUCGCUCUACUCGUAGUAGGCGGAGUGAUGAUCUUUGCGUUCAUUUACAGCGAGGCAAAAGUGGCCAAGUACCCGUUGAUUCCCAUGACGGUGUUCCGUCGGGGAACAAAUGUCGCCGCUUUCCUCGUCGUGUUCUUCCACGGCUUCGUCUUCAUUGCAGGCGAGUACUAUAUGCCGCUGUAUUUUCAAGCCGUCCUCGAAGCUUCUCCGUUACGGUCUGGACUGCUCCUUCUCCCUUUCAUCGUCACAGGUGCGAUUGCCGGAGUCCUCUGCGGCCUCAUCAUGCACAAGACUGGCCACUUCCGUGAGAUCAUUUGGGUGGGCACACUGCUCCUCACCAUUGGUUUCGGCCUCUUCAUCUCCUUCGACGCAUACACAUCGACUGGAAAGGCGGUAGGUUUCGUCAUCCUCGGCGGUCUAGGAUCCGGGAUACUGUUCGAGGCACCAAUGAUUGCUAUUCAGAGCCAGGUCGAACAGCAAGAUGUUGCUACCGCUACUGCGACACUAUCUUUCGUUCGUAAUAUCGGCGUCGCAAUAUCCACCAUCAUCGGCGGUACCAUCUUCCAAAACUCGAUGAACGGUCAGGCUUCUUUUCUUCGAGACGCUGGGCUACCGCAGAAUCUACUGAGUCAACUUGAUGGCGACAGCGCCAUGGCGAAUGUCAUGCUUCCUGCCACGUUCGAGAAUGCGGCAUGGGAACUUGCUGCGAAACAGGCCUUUGCCUCCGCGAUGCGCAAUAUGUGGAUCACGUAUACGGUACUCGCUUUCUUGAGUUUUGUCGCAGGUCUUUUCAUCAAGGCCGCAGUGCUGGGGAGGGAUCAUGUGGAAACUGUCACUGGAUUGAAGAAAGAGAAGGUCACGGCAAGAGUAGAGACGGAUAGUUCGUAG